AUGGCGCGCAGAACCCAGGAUCAGCCCGCGCUGCCCUCUGACCCUGUCCUGGCCCGAUCCCUCCUCUCCUUCACCACGCUCGCCUCAAACCCGCCCAAUUAUCCACGAAACCCUACCCAAGAGCGACGGGAGCCUUUGGUGCUGUACAUUGUGAGGGUGCCGGGAAGUAAAGAUGUUUUCUUGUCGCCGCUGAAACCACCUACAAAGUCGAGCAUAUCUCCCGAUUCGAUAAAUUCCUCUUUAUAUUUCUGUCAUGUCGCUGGGCCUGGUGAUGAUGUUCUUCUAGAGGACAUUGAGAAUGAAAGAAAAGUAAGCCAGGAGAAACAAACUGUGGGUGACAAUGGGUGUGAAAAAGAGGAUGAGAGUGGUAAGAAGGGGAUGUUAGCGAUGCUGAACCGCGUGCAAAGAAAGCCAGUUCCUAGCACGGCCCCUGAUACUCCCACAGCGAAAGCACCAAGUCCAACCCUUCCUCUUUCAAACGGCGCGGAAUUUUUAUUACCGAAAGGUGCUGUCGACAAGGAAAAUGCACAGACUCACACAUCCACCGGUACGCAUCCCAGAAAUGGAACAAAAAGUGCAGGAGAGUCUCGUACUUCUCGACUUUGGGACUCUCCAACUCUUUUAAGACGGCCUGUCGCCCAUGAACAAGACACGUCUGAGGCAAACGAAAGGCAUACAAGAAAGUGGAUGCCACGUGGAACCUCUCCAGUUCGAGAAACUUUUCAUCGUCUACGAAGCAGCCUCGAUAUAACGCCAGGGCGGCCGAACUGGGAUGCUGCGCGCCCUAUCUUCAAACCAAAAGCUAUAGGAAAAGAUCGGCUGGGAGGUCUAAUAAACUUUACAGCUGAACCAGGGACAAAUCCCCUAUUUCAGAAAACCCGUCGCAGUGAUGAAGGGCCUCAAGAGAUUUCUCCUCCUUCCCCAUUUCACAUCACUCUUAUACGUCGAGAUCCUACAUAUGGAAACCAAUGGAACGUCGGCACUAUCACAAAUUGCGCAGCUCCAUCGGAAGCGACGUCUGAUGGAUCGAUGACAAUUGAAAUCACAACACCAGGAUAUAAAAAGCUCGCAGAUAAUAGACCAAUCUCCUUCGAAGAUUUUGGAAUCAGUGACCCAACCUCAAACUCCAAGCCUAAACCAGUUACCAAGCCAACCAACCCUCGCAGCGGGCCGCUCAAAUUUAUGCGCACACUAACGCCUGUCAACUAUCCCAUUUCAUAUGAACCUAUCGAAUUCAGCCCACAGCGGCGAAAAGCAUAUCCGGUAAAACUCAGGGGUAACUACGCAUUCACAUCACCGUGGAACGGCACUUGUACUUUCGGACCUGGCGUAAACUGCCGCACUAUACGCUGCAGACACGUCAUACCUUCUCCGAAUACCUCAUUCUCGUCGUCGUCAUCAUCUUCAACUUCUUCCGCCGUUACUGUUGCAGAGAUUCGGUUCAAUCUUCCCACCUUCCCAUCUACCUCUCCACGCCCUAGCUCGGCACAGCAUGCGGGAGAAGUAAACAGCCCUAAACCCAACAGUGACCCGAUUUCUUACCCACUGGAUGAGGAUCGAUUAGAUUUGAGUCUCGCGAGGGAGCGAGCUGGUGGUGGAAUGAGAGGAAACUGCGCGAAGCUGGGCAAGCUGAUCAUCGAAGAUGAAGGGCAGAAAAUGGUGGACCUUCUUGUAGCAGCGUGUAUGGGAGUCUUCUGGGGCAUUUAUGAGGCUUCAAACAAUGCGAUGAAUACUUAA